GACGAUCGACCACUUCUGAGUUUGGGUCGAUCGACCCAAUGCGGUCGAUCGACCUCAAUUUUGUUUUGCGGUCGAUCGGCCCAACGCGGUCGCCCUCGCAGUCGCGCGUGCUGCGCUGCCGCGGCGGCAGCCAAACGGGGCACACGGGUGGGACGGCCAGGUGAAAAGAGCGGCACAGCACAGAGCACAGAACAAGACAGACAGAGACAGGGCACGGGGCAGGGCCCGGGGCAGAGGCACAGGGCACACACCGACACCGACACCGCAAGCCACUACCGCCAGCCAGCCAGCAUGCUCAGACAGUCCACCAGAACGUUUUCCACGUCGUUCAAGCCGAAGUUCGCCAAAAUGACCCUCAUUGGGACGAUCGGCACCGACUUGCAGAAACAGACCACCAGCACGGGCAAGGAGUACCUCAAAUACGCAAUUGCGGUGAACUCCAGAACCAAGGCCGGGGAGUCCGUGUCAUGGUUCAACAUCGCGUGCUUCUCGCCAAACCAGAUCGACUUCAUGGAGAGAAACUUGGCCAAGGGCUCGAAGAUCUACCUCGAGGCAGAGGCGAAAAACACGUCCUACGAGAAGGAGGACGGGUCCAAGUCGUUCUCGUUGAUGCUAUUCCAGUCGAACUUCGAGGUGAUCAAGUACCCGAAGAAGCAGGAGGAGUGAGCGGGGGUGCUGACCGCCCGCGUGCUGCGGCGCCCGGCGUCUGUUUCUGCUGUACACUAU